UUUAAAAGAUGACGUAGCCUCGCUGACUUUCCAGUUCGCCGGGUAAACCCCUUUCAGAAACAGGAGUGUUUGUUUGGGUUUUUUUUAUUUUUUUUUUCGGUGUCGUCAGGUAUCCUUCAAAAAUCCGAUACUGACAGACAAGAUGGAGUUUUUAACAGGAAACCCUUUUUGUACACCUGUAGGCCAGCGAAUAGAAUAUGCUACAAGUUUGCAGUCAGAAGACUGGGGACUCAAUAUGGAGAUCUGCGACAUCAUCUGUGAGACAGAAGAUGGCCCUAAAGAUGCAGUCAGAGCAAUAAAAAAGAGGAUUGUGGGGAAUAAGAAUUUUAAAGAGGUCAUGCUGGCAUUAACAGUUCUGGAGGCCUGUGUGAAAAACUGUGGCUACAGGUUCCAUGUCCUAGUGUCUACCAGAGAGUUUGUAGAAGGGGUUUUGGUCCGAACUAUUUUACCUAGAAAUGAUCCUCCUUUGGUUGUUCAUGACAGAAUACUGACUAUUAUACAGGCCUGGGCUGAUGCAUUCCGUAGUUCUCCAGAUUUAACUGGUGUAGUUUGUGUGUAUGAAGAUCUCAGGAGGAAAGGAAUUAAGUUUCCAGUGGCUGAGUUGUGUAGCCCAAUACACACCCCCAGCAAGCGUUUUUUUCCUGCAACUGGAGGUGAGGCUCCUCUCUCACCCACACACCAAGCUCAGACCCAACAGCAGACAUCCCCCUGGCAAAACACAGAGGGUCCAAUCACUUUAUCACCUGACCAGGUGAAAAAGUUGAUGUCUGACCUGGAAACAGUUCAUAGUAACCUUAAGGUGAUGUCAGAAAUAAUGAGUCAGAUGGAUCCUGGGUGCAUUCAACAGUCAGAUGCAGAGCUCCUGAAGCAGUUGUACUCCACAUGUAAGGAGAUGCAGGACCAAAUAGUUCAUCUUAUUCCCAGAGUAACUGACGAGAAGCUGGUAGAGCAGCUGCUGGCUGCUAAUGAUGACAUGAACACAGCCUUCACACAAUAUCACAGUUUUGAGAAACGUCUCAACAGGCAGAAUUCUGAACAGUCGGGUGCCGACCUCAUUGACCUGGAAGCUCCCUGUAAGCCACGAAGCCAAUCACAAGUGGAAGCUCCGGUGUGUGAGCCAAUCAGCCAAACAGUCAGCAGUCUAUCAAGUCACAUGGGUCGCCUGAGCACAAAGGAGAAGGAUGAUAUUCAGAGCAAAAACUACUCUUCAGGGAAUCUUCAAGAUGGGGACAGCCAGGAAAGCUCUGCAUUGGAUGAACUCGCAGCAGGAAGCAGUCAGGUACACAAUGCUGGAGGGGAUGACCGCCCAGACUCCACCCUCCUUGGCUCUUCACCUCAGUUUUAUUGGAUGAUGGAAAAGGGAAUGAUUCCUGUCAAUCAAAGUGAAGUGAUGGACAAUAUUGAGCAGUGGCUUGAUAUGGAUGAUGAUGAUGACUUGGGAGAUGAGGGUGUCACUAGUGAAGAGUUUGAUAAGUUUUUGGCAGGCAGAGCAAAAGCAGCCGAUCGUCUUCCAUCCGUUAAACCUUCAUCUAAUGACCGCAUGCCCUCACAACCAUAGUUCUCUACAGAAGCACAAUCAUCCACCUUAAUAUCAACGAUCUGUAGCAUAAAGUGGAUUGGUUUGUGCCAUUAUGCUUUAUGUAAGGGGAAUUAUAUUUUAUUUAUGUGGUGCUGUAUCAUCUGUCCUUCUUGCACAUUUAUAAACUAUAGGGUUAUGUCAUUGUUAUAAUCUAGUUUUUACUGUAUUUUUUUUUUUAACAAGGGUACUGUGUAGUGUAUAACAUGAAUUUGAAAUGUUCCACUGACUGGUUUUAGGUUUGUGGCACUGAUUUAAUGUCAUUCUCAAUUUCACCAAGCUAUUAGGUGUUUUAUCUUAUACAAGGAGUGGAAUUAUGGCUAUCCUUGAUUUGGGCAUGAAAGAUGCCCAAAGGUUUUGUGGUCCUUUUGGUGACAGAACAGAACAAACUAAUUUUCAAAUGUAUAAGUUAUACUCAGUCCUCACAAACUGUUUUUAAGGCAGGACAAGCAUAAAUAGCAUUGCUGCCUCAGAGUUCCAGGGUCCCUGGUUCAAUCUUAAGAUCUGGUUACUGUUGGUGGGUUUUCCUGGUACUCAGAUUUCCUUCCAUCUCCCAAAAACACGCCAGAUUGGCUAUGCUAAAUUGCCUCUAGGUGUGAAUGAGUGUGUGAAUGUGGUGCCCUGCGAUGUACUGGCGAUCCAAUCGGGGUGCAUUCCUGCAGUCCUGGGAUAGGCUCUGGAUAAAACCAUUACUGAAGGAUGGAUGGAUGGAUGGAUGGAUAUGUCUAUGAGAAUGGCUGCCCACUAUAGUGAUUGGCAUCUGCAAGUGGUUCACAUCCAGGCUCAGUGUAGGUGGUGCCAUAUCUACCAAGGAGACUACAUGCAGUCUGGAUUAUAUUAUCUAAUUACAAAAAAUAAUACAUUUGAAAAUACACAUGAUCAAACUAGUUACUUUUUAAUGGAUUAUUUGGUUACAUUUAUGCAUAAAUGAAUCAGUCUAAUAAUCUGUAAUUUAUUGAGAGUGCCCAUAAACUGCAUAAUAGCUCUUACUAUAACUGAGCUAACAUCAGAGAAAGGGUUCGCUAGUUAUCUGCUAGCUAUCUACUGCAAUGUUAAUUUAUUGUCUAUUUUUAUCACACUUUGCUAUUUAUUUAAGUCCCUAUGUAUGAGAUCUGUUAUGUAUUUUUAGAGCUCUAGGCUGGUGUCUAAAUGACUUUGUGAGCCUUUUUGAUUUGACUGUACUCUUUUCUUUGCAAUACAUCUAGUCAUCUCAGCUAACUGUUAAUAGCAGAAGGCAAUGAAACUGUUCUGUAAACAUAUGUGGCUAGCUUAGGUUAGGAUGUGUGCUAAUUGGUAAAAACACCAGACAUAUUGUACCAGAGAGUUUGCUCCCAGGAAUAACAGAUUGUAAUGUUUUGAGCUGAUUCUAAUUAUUAUAGGUUGGUGUUUAGGUAAAAUAUGUUAACAAAGUGCAAAGUUCACAUUCUUCAAUUUAAAAACAGACACUGAUGUGUUAGCUUUUCUGUAUUUAAAAAAAAAUAAAUUAAAAAAUUCAGGGAGUGUUACAUACAAAAUACACUUUAGAUAUCAAGAUUCUGAUACUGAAAUCCCACUUGUGUCCACCUGUGACAUAUCUUACAGUUUACUAACAGUUACCUAGCCAUCUAGCUGGUUUGCAUAUUGCACAUUUAUUCAUAGAUCCUGGAGUGUUUUUGUGUGUGUAUUUCAAAUUAAAAGCAUAUUAAACAAAUAGUUAUUUUUCAAACUAUAGGUUUUGUUUAAUGGUUUAAAAAGUACAUGUUCAUGGGUUGUUUUAAUGCUAGUUUCUGAAAUAAUGAGUAUGUCCUGGUGUCACCCUUUUUUAAUUUUAUUAUUAUGAUAUUGCGAGAUUAUAGAAUGUUAAUAUACCAUGUAUAGUAUGUACCAUGUUACUUUGUAGAGUGUGUCGUUAUAGUUAUCAAAAAAAAAAGUGGGAUGUCAAUAAGGAGUCGGUUGUGUCACAGUGCUUUUAGAUGAAACCUGUCAUUUUGUUUUCUUUUUUUUUAAUGAAAGGAGUGUUAUUUGACAUUCUCAGUACUUAAUGUUACAUUACCUAAAAAAUAUUGAGCAGGCUUUAAUAAAUGCAUGUAGAGGGGUAAUAGGUAUGUAUUCCUCAUUCCACAGAAGUAUAUGAAACCAAUAAACCAGUUAGAUUCAAGGCAGUCCAAAAUAAGUCCAAGAGUUCUCAGAUUAUAUUACACUUCCUAAAUAAUCAUUAGUAACCAGUAACACAAUUUCCCUGUAAUCUCCCCAACACUGCUGUCCUUCAGUCUUGCAUUUUAAUAUGUUAUUGAAGUUAAGGCAAGUUCAACUGUGGUGAGUGGUUAUAUUUUUUGUAGUGAAAGUUUUGUAGUUUCUAUGGUUUGGAUUUGUAUAAUGUUAUAAAAUAUUGUAUGUUACAUAAAUAAAAUAUCUGAAAAUC